UACUCAUAUCACAAAACUACUCGUAAGUUUAAGGCCUUCCCUUCCCUUGCGCCAUUACCUUCUCCUUUUAUUCCUCUUACUAGCCAACUCUACGACGUGGAAUUUGCAACUUCUUCAUUGAAAAGUGCACCGCCGCAUCUCAAAGGGAGGCCCUACUGAGGAUCAAUAUCACUGCCUAGCUCUCAAGUUUAUGAUAUGGUUUCAUAAUAGCAAGCCGCAUGAAACAGAGAAGAUCGAAGAGAAGAGAGAAGUGGUAGCAAUAUUAUCCUCAAUCUUGAGUAACAGUGCAGUGUGAUUGAAAGAAACAAGGAAAGAAUGUGGAGGCUUAAGAUAGCAGAGAGUGGCAAUGACCCUUAUAUCUUCAGUACAAACAACUUUGUUGGGAGGCAGAUAUGGGAGUUUGAUCCUGAUGCUGGCACCCCACAAGAGCGGGCUAGGGUUGAAGAGGCUCGUCAAAAUUUCUACAACAACAGGUUUCAGGUCAAACCUAACAGUGAUCUCCUAUGGCGAAUGCAGUUUCUAACGGAGAAAAACUUCAAACAAGCAAUUCUCCCAGUAAAGGUUGAAGAUGGAGAGGAAAUCACAUAUGAAAAGACCACAGCUGCACUGGGAAGGGCCGUCCAUUUCUUUUCGGCCUUGCAGGCCAGUGAUGGCCAUUGGCCUGCUGAAAAUGCUGGUCCAUUGUAUUUCCUUCCCCCCUUGGUAAUGUGUUUGUACAUUACCGGACAUCUUAAUACUGUGUUCCCUGCUGAGUAUCAAAAGGAAAUCCUUCGAUACUUAUACUAUCAUCAGAAUGAAGAUGGUGGCUGGGGAUUACACAUAGAGGGCCACAGCAUCAUGUUUUCCACGGCUCUCAGCUACAUUUGUAUGCGUAUACUCGGGGAAGGACCCGAUGGUGGUCAGGACAAUGCUUGUGUAAGAGCGCGAAAGUGGAUCCUUGACCAUGGUGGUGUCACACACAUACCUUCUUGGGGAAAGACCUGGCUUUCAAUACUUGGUGUGUUCGAGUGGUUUGGAACCAAUCCAAUGCCUCCGGAAUUUUGGAUCCUUCCUUCAUUUCUUCCCAUGCAUCCAGCCAAAAUGUGGUGCUACUGCCGCUUGGUGUACUUGCCUAUGUCAUACCUAUAUGGGAAAAGGUUUGUAGGCCCAAUCACGCCUCUCAUUCUGUCAUUGAGGGAGGAACUCUAUACUCAACCUUACCACGAAGUUAACUGGAAGAAAGUGCGUCAUCUAUGUGCAAAGGAGGAUCUCUACCAUCCCCAUCCUUUGAUACAAGAUCUGCUCUGGGAUAGUCUAUACAUAUUCACUGAGCCUCUUCUCACUCGUUGGCCCUUAAACAAGCUGGUCAGAGAGAAGGCUCUUCAAGUAACAAUGAAGCACAUUCAUUACGAAGAUGAGAACAGUCGAUACAUCACCAUUGGAUGCGUGGAAAAGGUCCUAUGUAUGCUUGCUUGCUGGGUGGAAGAUCCAAAUGGGGUUUAUUUCAAGAAGCAUAUUGCUAGGAUCCCAGAUUACAUAUGGGUCGCUGAAGAUGGAAUCAAGAUGCAGACUUUUGGAAGCCAAGUGUGGGAUACCGGUUUCGCUAUUCAAGCUUUACUUGCUAGUAAUCUCACUGAUGAAAUUGGACCUACACUUGCGAGAGGGCACGACUUUAUAAAGAAAUCUCAGGUCAAGGACAACCCUUCUGGAGACUUUAAAAGCAUGUACCGUCACAUUUCUAAAGGAUCAUGGACUUUCUCUGAUCAAGAUCAUGGAUGGCAAGUUUCUGAUUGCACUGCAGAAAGUUUGAAGUGUUGCAUGCUUUUAUCCAUGAAGCCACCAGAAAUUGUUGGUGAGAAAAUGGAUCCCAAGCGAUUUCAUGAUUCUGUAAAUGUCAUUCUUUCCCUACAGAGUAAAAAUGGUGGUUUAGCUGCCUGGGAACCGGCAGGAGCCCAAAAAUGGUUGGAACUGCUUAGUCCCAUAGAAAUUGGUGAGGACGUUAUCGUUGAGCAUGAGUACGUUGAGUGCACUACAUCAGCAAUCCAAGCUUUAGUUUUGUUUAAGAAGUUAUACCCCGAGCACCGGAAGAAAGAGAUAGAGGAUUUCAUAAAAAAUGCUGUUCAGUUCAUUCAAGACAUACAAAUGCCUGAUGGUUCAUGGUAUGGAAAUUGGGGAGUUUGCUUCACUUACGGUACAUGGUUUGCACUUAGAGGAUUGGCUGCGGCUGGCAAGACUUCCAACAAUUGUCCAGCUAUGCGCAAAGCUGCUGAUUUUCUACUCAGAGCACAAAGAGAUAAUGGUGGCUGGGGAGAGAGCUAUCUCUCAUGCCCAAACAAGGAAUAUGUACCUCUUGACGGAAACCGAUCAAAUUUGGUGCAAACCGCAUGGGCAAUGAUGGGUCUCAUUCAUGCUGGACAGGCUGAAAGAGACUCGACACCUCUUCACCGUGCAGCAAAGCUGAUAAUCAAUUCUCAACUAGAAGAUGGCGAUUUUCCUCAACAGGAAAUCACUGGAGUGUUCAUGAAGAACUGCAUGAUACACUAUGCAGCAUCCAGAAAUAUUUACCCGUUGUGGGCUCUUGCAGAAUACAGCAAGCGCGUCCCAUUGCCAUGCAGAAUAAUUUAAAUAAAUUAAUUAGUAGUGAUGAACUCUAAAAGAAAGCUUGUUGUGAAUUCUCUUACUCUUUUUCUUUAAUUAGCAGCUGUGUCGACGUGUGAAAGAAGUUUCUAAACACAGCCACCAAAGAUAGAUGCAUGGGAGUAUAUGAAAAGUAAAUAAAAAGUACUUCUUCGUGUGGCUAUAUCAAUAUCGUUUUGCUCUUGAACUCUGUAGGUCCAAUAAAGUACUGAUUUAAUUUUCAUUGUACAAUGCCCUAUUUUUCUCUUAUUAAUUAUCUUGAAUAAAUAUCACAAGAUGGCUGGUUCAGAUA